UCUCUGGGUGUCUUCUUGGUCUGUUGUUGCUGUCCUGUAACCAGCCAUGAUCCUCCAGACUGCUGUGCUCAGCGUCCUCCUCUGCUCUGCCCAGAGUUUCACCGUACAGGCUUCAUUCGAAAAGAGUGAUGAAUCCUCUGGCAACACCAUUGAGGAUGAUGAUUUCAGUGUCUCCACACUGUUAGAGAAGGCAAAUGCCAAUCUGGGAAAGGACCUUGAUGAACCUCUGGUGAUGUUUGGAGACAUAGCAGUGCCAACGGGUCUAGGGAACGCUGACCCCUGCACCGCACGAGGCUGCCUGUGGCCUAAAGCCAGUGAUGGCAACGUCUACGUACCUUACCGCAUUUCCAACCAGUACUCCCGCAGAGAGAGAGACAUCAUCAUUCGAGGUCUGCGGUCGUUUGCUCAGUCCACCUGCGUCCGCUUCACCCCCGUGAAUAGACAGAGGGACUUUGUGGACAUCCAGUCUCGCUCAGGGUGUUACUCAUUUGUCGGGCGUCGUGGUAACAGCCAGAUAGUGUCACUGAGUCGCCAGGGGUGUGUUUUCCACCAGAUCGUCCAACAUGAGCUGCUCCACGCCUUGGGCUUCAACCAUGAACAGACUCGCUCUGACAGGGACCGGCAUGUUCGAAUCCUCCUCCAGAACGUCAUUCGUGGACAGGAGCACAACUUCAGGAGGAUUCGGACAAAUAACCUUGGCACUCCCUAUGACUACAGCUCUGUCAUGCACUAUGGAAGGUAUGCCUUCUCUAGGAACAGGGAGCCAACCAUUGUUCCCAUCCCCAACAGCAAUGUAGCCAUUGGCAGGGCUGUCCAGAUGAGUCGUGUUGACAUCCUACGGGUGAACCGUCUUUAUCGCUGCAGUAGAUUCAACCAGGCCUAACGUGGAACCUUUGGAAAGAAAUGAAUUCCUCUAGAAAAGAAAGAGGCAAAUCAUGCAGCUUCUCACCUAUAAGCACCACCAGUAAUGCAUCUUCUGCUUCAUGAAUGUGCUUAAUAAAAUUCAGAUUUGAUUUAAUUUAGCAAAAUAUGAUAUUGAUUUCAUUAGCUUCAAAAGUAUUGGCAACGCAGUUGUCCAGAGACAACAACACAAGUUUUACAUAUACUGUAUGUGUAUAACUGCUUGUGCACUUGAUGGAAUAUUAAUAAUGAAUAAAAAUGCAUUUUCAGA